UUUUGAUGUAUUGACCAAGUGUUUAAUGAUAUGGGCAUGGCAGAAGACGAACCGCUUUUUAGGCUGGAUGAGGACAUUAUUGAUUCUGGUAAACCUUGUAAGAUUCCUGUUCCACGAAGGGCUGAUGGCAAAUUGGGUUUCAGCAUAAUUAUUCAAAAAUGUUCCAGUGGAAACAUCGCCAAGGUGACGCAGGUGAAAGACACCUGCUUGUCACGAGAGUUGACCAAAUACCACUACAUCACAAAAAUCGACGAAAUUGACAUCCGUCACUUGAAGACUCCAAUGGAGGUUGAGAGUGUGCUGAGUCUGUCGUCCGGCACCGUUGUCCUCUUGGAGGCGUACCGAUCUCUCUGUCAUGAUUCCAAUGAUAAUAUUCAGAGGAUGAGUUUGAACUCGAGUGUGUGCAGCAGCAGCAACAGCAGCAGCACAAACAGCAUGAAUUCUCUGCUGCUGGAUGCUGAUGGUAGCAGUCAUUGUCAACCGGUGCCAAGACCCGUCGCCACUGAUACAGUCUCACUGAAAGAUGCUGUCUUCAAGAAUCCGGAUAGCAUCCAGUGGGAUGCCAAACCAAAAACUGUGAUAUUGAAGAGAUCCAGUAGCGGCAAAUUUGGAUUUGUCUAUGAAGUCCUUCUUUCCUCGUUGGUUCCUAAAAACUCGGUGAACACUUCUAUGUAUUUUCUUAUAACCAAGCUAUCAAAUGAUGCCGCCAGGAAGCUAAAAGUUGGUGACCUCAUUCUCUCUUUAAAUGGUAUUGCUUGUCAAGACCUAAGUGUGAAAAAAGUUAUUGACCAGAAAAUAGAAACCGAAUCAGAGCUACGACUAAUUAUUCAAAGACCCGUCAAAUUCAAACAUAGAAACAAUCCGUGUGUUGAACAGAAGAGGAUUUGUCCAAUAAAAAGGGUGUUCUUGUGUGGCCCUGCUGCCAUGGUGUAUUACAACUUCCUGGUGAACAGACUGAAGUCGAACCGUCACAAAACGUCUCAGAAUUAUCCAAUGCCAGAAACAAAUCUCAAUAAUGAUACAGCUGCUUUCAAAGCUUCCUGUGUGUGGACCCAGAGAGGGACAUUUUUUGUUGAGUCCUGGAGUAAACGAUCCUGGUUUUACCAUUUGGACGUGAAGCAUCUGAUAGCGCUUGAGCUACUGGCUUCAUCAGACGAGUCUUUCUUUCAUCAUUGCAUGAAACUCACUUUUACUAAAAACAGCAUUUUCUUCAUCAUGCUGGACUGUCAGCUGUCUAGCGUUACGCAAGGAUCCAAGCAAGCGGAACUGCGAAUGCUGAAGAGAUACAUCCAUACGAUUCAGUCUUGCGUUGGAAAAGAGGUACAAAUUAAAGUGAAAUGUGUCUGUCAGGAUAACAGUGAACAAUGUCGCAAUCAACACAAUUACUUCAUUGACAAAAUAAUGGUGGAACCCAUUGUUAUUCCUUCAAAUUCUGACCAAAACAGUGACACAUUUGUCAAUUCUGUCUUUGAACUCGCUAAACAAAAGGAAAUUUCAAUGAGUUACCAUGCGGCUUAUGCGCUGCACAAGCUCUACCAUCUUGGUCUCUGCAAAAGUAUUGCAACUGACUUUUUCAAAACUGUUCACAAAGUCUUUGAUAAAAUUUCUCAGCAGGAUCUUCAUCAAACGGUGCGUGAAAUGAGUUCCUUCAAAUAUUAUAUUGGAGUAAAUUCCAGAAAAUCUGCUCUUUUACCACAAGGAAAUAGUUUAUAUGUAAACAUUGAGUACGUUUUAAACUCCAUGUCUCAGCUUGCAUAUCAACCAAUUUCUUUAGUGAGCAGAAGUCACACUUUCUCUCAAUACCAUAAAAUACCCAACGGAAUAGUGGACCAACAGGUUCUGGUCGACAACUUGUAUCCCAGUGAUGUCUUCAGCCAUUCAGUCCUUGCGUUACUCGAGAGCCACAAUGUGAUAUUAAGCUUAAAGGAGUCGGGCCAGUACGCCUGCACCAAAUACUACAUCCCUUGUUUGCAGCACAGUUACCAAAUGGAAGUGCAGAACCCGUUGAUGCAUAAUGUUUUCUCACUCUACAUUCAGUUCUGCAGCAGUGCACAGCACACGGACUUUCUCAGGCUGGUCAUUUCCUUUGGAAAUUUAUACGGUUGGGAAUUACCUCAAGAGAUCCAAUUAUCCCAGUGCAACAUCAUGGUCGGAACACAUAUGGUUCACUUCCAAUACCAGUGGCAGACCCAGCAGGUCAAAAUCACCUCAGAAAUCACAACUCAGUCCAAUGAAGAAACUCUAUUUCACAUAUUCCAACAACUUCAUCAAGUCUGCGUGGCUGUAUUCCCAUACAGCUUCUUCAAGUAUUACGGACGAUGCCACAACCCACAGUGCAUCUACUGUUGCCAUUCUCAGAGGAAACAUGAAUCUCCAAUCUUUUGCACACAUCUCAUCAAUGAAACCCAAGUGAAGCAAAUCGGUAAAGUGAUCGAUGUUGAAAAAAUGUCUGUACUUGAGUUGAAUUCCAAAAUUCUCUUUCACAUCUGUCUGGAACUAAAUUCUAACCCAAGUCUCAACUGGAAAAUGCUGGCUGGUCAUUUGAACUGUGAUCUUUCUUUGGUCGGAAGAUAUGAAAGCAGCCAGGAUCCCUGCAUAAAUGUUUUGGUCGACUGGAAUAAUACAUCACUGAACAGCACUGCAAUAAACUUCCGUAAGAUUCUUCAUGACAUGAAGCGAUACGACCUGGCUAAACUCGUUGAAGAGGAAUUGGACAAACUUAGAAGAGAACAGAGUAGUGACUGCUAAAUCUUAGUUUAAUUCUCAGAUUUAAUAAAACGACUUUUUUUUUUUUUUUUAUUUGGGGCAAACUUUUCUGAGAAUUCACUGCUUGAUAUGUUGUUUUUAUCAAUUUUGUAAAUAUUUUUUUUUUUUUUUAAUAUAUACACAAUUAUACCCUUUCGCAUGAGACUUUACUGCAGUUUCAAAUAAGACAAGAAUUUCAACCAAAUCUUAUCCAAUAAACUUCCAAGUUACAGUGUCUUGAAA